AAGAGAUAACAACCUAUAGAGCUGGAGAAGGAGAAGAAUGAGAUAAUGAGGAGAAUGUCCUUUGCAUCAGCCUGGGUCAAACAAUUCAUCCUUCACAAAAAGUGCAUUGUGAAAAUAGCAGAUAAGUACCUGGAGAAGAGAAAUGAGGUUGAUAAGCAAAGACAGUUUGAAGUGCGCAUCAAAUUUGUUAUGUAUAAAAUUCGCAUGAAAGAACUCAGGUCUGGACCUACUCUUGAUGAGAGGAUCAGGAGAAAUAUUAUGUGUGGAAUCACAUUUGCAGCAAUGACAUUAAGGAAAAAUGCUAAUAUGCUUUUCCCUACAUAUGAGCCACCUCAAAAUAGAGUUACCCUUUUUUUUUAAAGAAGAUACAAAACAACUGAAUAAGCUAAGAAACCCAAUGAAUCAAACAGUAGAAGAAAGAGCUAAAGAUAUUCUUAAAAGCAUGCUUACAAAUGCCUACUGUGAUAAAAUAUUCAAGAAAAAGAUGAUAGAUACUAUAGAAUCUAUUAAGAUAUUCCAGAAACGUUGGAAAGCGUUACAGUUCUUGCGUUCCAUCCAAAAACGAAUCGUCGCUGAAGUCUGGGAUAAAGAAAUUCAAGUCAUUCAGAAGUAUUGCUUCAAAUUCAAGAAAAACAAGAAAGUCAAGCAGUUCUUGCCCAGACUGCUCAAGAUCAGCCCUGAAAUCAAAGACAAAAUACUCAGCAACUACAUGGAGCUGCGGAGAUGCCGACAUUGUGUCGUAUUUGCAAAGUGGAGACUCAACCAGCUCAACUACAAGAUUUCAAAGCCGAGCAAGAAGUCUAAAUAAUCAGCCGCCUUGCAUCGAAGUAGGGGACGAGAUAGAAUAUUUGCUGGAUUUGAAAUAAGUUCAGAGCGAGGAAGGCAUUGAAAAUACGGAACAUCACAUUUAAAGGGAUCGAUCCUGAAAUCCUUGAUGUUUCACUAGCAGAAGCUAAUCGCCCUUCUCCGACCUCCAAAAAUCUACCUAAAGCAGAUCCUCAAAACAGGAAAGACAUGAAUAAAAUUAAGAAGAAUGGGAAGAUGAAUCCGAAUCCUGAAAGUAAUGCUGUUCAAGAGGAUGAGAGGUACAUUCCUCUCGGAAAAAUAGACCCAGCAACUCUGAUGUCAGAUAAGCCACCAGUCUACACCUAUAAACCCAAUCGUCAAACAAUGCAUAUGCUGAUUAAGAAAGCAGCAUCCAUUGAUGACAUAUUCGAGCUGUUCUGUGAGAACAUUGAUGGGUACAAACGCAUGGACACAGAGAAACAUGACUCUGACGGCGAAGAAGAUAUUGAUGAUUAUUAA